AUCACUAUUCUUUCAUGUAUUUCAGAUCAAACCAUAAACACCCAUUCCAGUUUCAAAUAGAUGGUGGAACAAUGAUUAAAGGAUGGCAGCUUGGUUUAAAAGGUGCUUGUGUUGGUGAAACACGAAAGCUAACUAUCCCUCCAAAAUAUGCUUUUGGUGAAUAUGGGAACCCUGUUGGAAUCCCUGGAAAUUCAAUUUUAAUAUUUGAUAUUGAAAUUGUUUCUAUUGAAGAUGGUCCAGAAAUACCUGAUACUUUUUCAUUAAUUGAUACUGAUAAGGACAAACGACUGUCAAGGAAUGAGGUUGAAAGCUUCUUUAAGGAUCAAGUCAAAGGAAAUGGACCUACAACUCCCUCUGAAUCAGUGAAACUAAUGUUUAUAUAUGAAGACAUUGAUAAGGAUGGUUACAUAUCACACUUUGAAUUCAACGGACCAAAACAUGUUGAACUUUAAUCCUUUCAUUUAUGGCUCAAUUUCAUUAUUUCAUAAUGGAUAGAUUCAUUUAAUGGAGAAAAAUUAUGUAUAACUCAAGUAAGAGGAAAUAUUUCCCAUACAAACACAUGAAAAUUUUACAUUUAUUAUUAAGUAACAAAGCUACAUAGAAUUAAGGAUGCAACUAUAUGUUCCUGAAACACACACACACACACACACACCAUAUAUAUACCUAUAUGCAUGUACAUGUGUAUAUAUAUGUGUGUGUGUGUCAGGGACGUGCCUGCAUUGGAUAAAAUAGAUUGAUAGCAACAUUUUCCUUUCAUGGCAAAAUAUGCACGUAAUUCAAUAAAAUCAUGAAGGUUACUCUGAUUACUAUGUAUAAGAAGUAAAAUAUUUCAUUUUUUUUUAUAGAUUAGUUAGGCAUAAUUCAUCUCUGCUUUUCAAUCUCAGUAUUUAAACCACACAUAAUACUGCUGUAGUACACGUGCCACGUACAUUCCUACAACAACGUUUUCUUUAUGUGCUAUAAAAGCAGAAUUAAAUCUGCCUACAACUCAGUUGUGCGCCUGUGUUUUGCUUAUUUUUUGUGUCUUACAACAUAAAAGUCACCAACUGCAUCCCUGAGUAAGUAUUGACGACAUGUGCCUGGUGUGCAUGUAUAUAUAUAUAUAUAUAUAUAUAUAUAUAUAUAUAUAUAUAUAUAUAUAUAUAUAUAUAUAUAUAUCAUAUACACACACACACACAUAUAUAUAUAUAUAUAUAUACACAUAUAUAUACAUGCAAAUACACACACACACUCACAUGUACGUUCAAGUUUUUGUUACUUAAAACACUAGACAUUGCAAGAAUAGCAUUGGAGUAAGUCAUCAGUUUCAAAAGAAUAAAUCAACUCAACUGUAAUAAUACAUCCAUAAAUUA